CAGAAACACGGCCCCCCAUCCCCAUGCGUUUGCUCUCACGUCUCCGACAUGCUGCACUACACUAUCGAGGAUCAGAAGGCGAUCCAAGCAAGCCACAAUCACAAGUCUAUACGACUCCCGCAGCCCCAACGUGUAGAAUACCUCUUUGGGCAUCGCACCCGAGCACAGUACUACUUGCCAGUGUAUCCAGGCCAGGUACACAUUGGAUUGAUCGAUUGUGCACCACUGGUUGCGAUUGCUCGGACUUUUGACCAGAAUCCCACAAUGGAUUCGUUCUCCGCCCUCUCUUCUUGCCUUCUUGCCUUUUUUCUCCUCGUCUUUCAGGAUUGUCGAGAGAAGGGUAUUUAUGUAGCAGACUGGAGAGCUACAGCCUUUUCUUAUGACCUACUGAUUCCUCAGUGUACUACGAAUUGUUCCAUGUACAAAUAUGUUGCCCCAAGUUACGCUGAUAUGCUGUAUCAGUAUGAGCAGCUUCACACAGGACGUCACAUUUCAAUACAACCUCUACAUGGCCAUGUCCGGCCUAAGAACUGUGUGAUGACCAGUUCGACCGGAUCACCUCCUGUUCAAACAUACCCGUUCGCGCCUUUCUUGACUGCCUCCACGCUCAGUCCAGAUGGAUGCUGGGAGCUCCGUUCAUGUAACAUGAUGGUUUAUUAUCUGUUCACAUCUCAAGACUACAUAUAUAUAUCUGCCCCUGGAAUCACACGUGUGCUUUGCAAAUAGUCGUGGAACCAAACUUCGCCCAAGUCACGUUUAUCACGUUUUGACACACUUGACGGAAUCAAUCUUGAAGUCCACAUGUAGUGUAAUAUACAAACAGCCUCGCACCGUUGUUCAUCAUGUACAAUAGGAGACCAGCAGCAUGUGCGCCAGUGUGAUUCUUAGCAGGUUUUUUGUCCUGAUUUCGGCCACUUUCAACUGCUUUGCAUCCCUCUUCCCUGCAUGGUGCCUUUGCCACUUGCCAGACAAUCACCUCCAUCCAGCAAAAACUAAUCAAUCGUUGUUUAGCUACGCAGGGCACCAUGCCCAGCCACUCACCACCAUUUGCUGCACGUCACCACGAAGCGAGACGGUAGUGUCCUGCUGACCACCUACGCCGCUCCAAUAACUUCACCCGUCCCCAUGCGACCAAGUCUGACUAACGGUUUGCCAUUUGACAAUCGGAGCAAGCCGAUGCCGUCAAGGAACUGCUACCAUGCGUAGCACAUCAUUUUCUGUCUACAUACCUGUUCCCAGUUAGGCCAUGCUCAUUGGCGCGCAAACGAAUCGUCCCGCAGGAAAGGACGCCUGCUGAUCCACAUUGCAGAACCCGCCAAACCAGGAGAAAGGAAUGUGGAAAGCUACGAUCGGUAUAAGGGAUACAUGUACAAAUGAAUCUUGAUAAUCUCUCAAAAGCACCGACCUGCCUGAAUGAAGAAUAGCGAUGUGCAGUUCUCACUUCGCUGCUCCAUCUACCGCGACACUGGCACUCUUCCCAGACACGCUUACCCGGUGCAUACUCAGGCUUGAGCUUACUGUUGCCACCCGCUCUCGUAACUCUCAACGGUUCGGGCUGUGAGAAGUAGAGAUACGUGUUGCGCAAGAGACCCGCUCUACGCAUGGCCCCACACACUGAUUGCUCCCACGUUGCAAAGCAGGCCUCCCAAACUUUUGCCUCUCUCAGAUCGCUAUAGUGCCAUACAAGAUCUAUUUUGAUCCAAACAUUCGUGAGCGAGAACAGAUCAUAGCAGGGAUGAACCAUCGAUAAGGCGUUGCGCCCGACGAUCGAUUUUCGAAAGCGGUGUACUACACCGCACUGCCCUCUUCUUGCUGCUGUCGUUCUCGUGGAUUCAGUUUUGGCGAUCAAAAUUGAUAUACCUUUACCGCCUUCGGACCACGAUUCAACCUUGCUUCUUUGUUUUUUCCC